UGUCGGUGGCCUGCGAAAACUUCCAGACGGUGGUCUCAUGGAAUUACAGCCAGCAGGUCCCAGAACCCCUCUUCCGCGUGUACAUCAUCUCGCAGACCAUCGACAGGCACAUUGGAUCUUCCUCAAGUGGAGGUGCUUGUGAACGGCCAAGUGGCCACCGUUACCUUCCCUAACCCCAUGAGGAUCCACCCAGAGCUCAAAUGGGCCGCAGGCCUCGAGACGGACCCUCUCUGCCUUACCUUUGAUGUCACUGAAAACAAUGUUACACAACGGGGUAAGUGCCUUGUACAAAAUGAAAUGUGCAAGUUGGAUUUCACGCUGCCUUCCAAAAAGGAAAAGCACUGCCUCUCAUUAAACGCUUGGCUCAAGAACGAUAUUCACAAGAUGAGGUUCAACCACAAAGACCCCACCUGUGGCCGGCAGGAAUCUGUGGAAGAACCCUACUUGCUGUUCCUGGCACUGCUGCUGGCGUUGUUCAUUUUAGUGGUCUGCAGCGUGGGCUUCAUGGUCUGGAAAAGCAAGGCUUGGUUCCUUAAGUCACAAUCUUUACCCCCAACCCUGGAUCCAAAUUCUUGGUCCAACCUGCAGCAGAACAUCAUGGACCCGGAGAGCGAAAGGGCGGGUUUCCUCAGGGCCAAUGGGCAAAGCAGUCCAUCAGUGGUCAUUACCCAGAGACCAUUGGACCCUGCACACGGGCUGACAGAGGCGAACGACCAGGAAACCCUGUCGGUUGACCUAUCGUCAGAGAGUCCUGGGGACAGUUGUCCCGGUGCCCUGUACAGUGCUAGGUUCGACGGGUCAGAGGACGACCCAGAAGAGGAGGAUCCUGAGCAGGAGGAGGACGAGGUUGAACGCGAACCGGUGUUGGAGUACGACCGACCCCAUUUCCCUUCCCUUGACAUGGGAGACAGGGACAUGGUUCAUACCUAUGGCCUGUAGCACAGAGCACCGCACACGCACCAUUUUGAUUGUGAUCCGGACUCGUUUUGAAAACUUGGUAUGUAGGGUACCUGCUGGACAGGUCUAACCAACGCAAAGUAACGUGUUUCGCCAAAACACGUGAUAACAGCCGACUCAAGCACACCAUCAUGCCUGGAGGGCCCCUUAUUUUAAUUACUAGCUACAGCUAAUUCCCCAGCCCCCUCCCCCAAGAGGCCUAUGGGCUUUUCACCUUGGGGCCAUCUUGGAUUAAACGCUAGCUGGAGGGAUGGAACUGAAUUCAGUACAAGGUUCAUAUAGGAUUCAGGAGCCAACAUUCUCUGGCCCCGACAAAUUUUAUGACAUUAUGCUCUUAGUUAAUGGUCCACCAGAGCUUGUUAACAUUGAAGAACCAAGGGUUGGAGUGAGUGUGCCAGCCCUCAGAAACCAGUGCCGCACCCUUUAUCUCUGUUAAGCAUUGUUUCUAAAUGCCUCCUGGGUUAUAGUGUACGUAAGGAAGGGCGUGCAGACCAAAGAGGAAUGCAAACGUAGGUAUCUUGCUAAUCAGGAUAGUCAAGAGUCCAGGUCUGAAGCAAUGAUUUUACCUUCCUGGUAUUUAUUUUUAGUCGCAUUGUAUAUUCUGAUGAAGGUUACUAAUAAAAAGUGAUUUCUUAAA